CAAACAGCCCCAAUUCAAAAGCUCCCAAAUCGAUUCCGAUUUCGAUUUCUUCAUCUUAAAUAGAUUCUGAUUUCGUCUUCUUCUUCAUUGUUGGUCACCGUCUUCAUGUUCCGUGUUGGUUUUCGUCCUCUGUUCGUGUUUGUUUUUCGUCCUGUGUUGGUGUUCGUCCUGUGUUUCUUCUUCUUCAUCGUCUUCGUAUUGGUGUUCGUCCUGUGUUCGUGUUUGUGUUUCGUUUCUUCUUCGUUUGUAUUUCGUUGGUUCUUCUCUUGUUCUCUGUUUUUUUGGGAAAAGAAUGUCUUGUCAUUCGUAUUCAGUUACAAGCAACAAUUCUCAUUUGAGAAUUAGAAGAAGAGAAUGUUUGUGUGGACUUGAAUCUCCUUUGUGUACUUCUUGGACGGCUGAAAAUCCAGGUCGAAGGUUUCAUGGUUGUGGAUUUUAUAAGUUACAGGGUAAAAAAUCUUGCAAUUUUUUUGAUUGGUUUGAUGAGCCAAUGACAGAACGUGCAAAAGAAGUUAUUAUGUCUUUGAUGAAAAGGAUUGAUGAAUUCAAGAAGAAAGAUAAUGUGACAAAAAAUUGUGAUGAUGAAAUGAAGUUGAAGUUGAAGUUGAAACGAAUGAAAGGCUUUCUGACACUUUCCUGGCUUUUGAUUAUUGUUCUUUUGGUUAUUGUAAUGUUGAAGUAAUUAAAAUGAUUGGAUUAAGGGUGUUUUGUAAUGAUGUAAUUUAGGGUGUUUAUGGUUGAAAUUGUAAUGUAAUUG